GUGUGGCCGUGCGUUGUGCAGCGGGCGACUCGCCUGUCGUCCGAGGCUGGAGGAGGCACAUCGGGCAGGGCUUGUAUGGGGCAGCUAGUAUGACAGCUACUCGGGAAAUGGCUCCAGCAUCAUGGUUUCUGCAGAGUGUGAUCCUGAUCGUCGCAAUUGUGCCGUGGCAAAGCGCAAGCGCGGAUAUGGACACAGCUGCCAUGAGCCAGAGUCUGGAGCCCCGGCAGGUCUACCCGUUUCGGCGGUAUGGGGAUGUGACGCUGCUGCCGUUUGUCGUCGCGCAGGGCACGCACUCGGCCACUUGGACAUUCAAAGCCAACAUCAGCAGCCACUGCAGGCCAGACAUUGUCCACCUGUACCUUCAGUAUGCAGGGCUGCCCGUGUUGAGUCCCCUGAAUGCUUCUUUUCCCGAUGGCUUCGUUACCAAGCGACAGCGACUGCGCAGCCUCUACUUCCCUACUGACUCGGAACUACGCUUCAUCAACAUCACAUCGCCUGACCCCGGACAGUGGUUUGCAGCAGCGUUCACGCUAGAUCAUCAUCAACGGAUUUUGCAAAAGGGCCUGUUUGCACCCUGUGAAGUGUACCUUUCAAGCUCGCUCACCCCAUACUUGCUGGAUGAGGUCGUUGACCUACUGCCCGGCCAGGCCACCACACACCAUGUUGUCAAGCCUACCUACUUUAGGUUUGCAACAUCGCGGGAGUUGUGGAGCCUGGACUUCAACAUAUCCGAGUGUAAAUUUCAAGGCAACAGCACUGCUGACUCAUGCCCAUUGAUUAUUAGUGCCUCUGCCGAAGUUCUGCCUGCGGCGCAAGAGGACACGGCUGUUGACGCGGAGGUUGUGCAACGGACUAUCACAGUUAACUGUUCGGAGGGUGCGAUCUGCGGAGGCACCAUGACUCCAGCUGUGGAUUCAUGGAACUACAUUCUAGUCCAACCAACUAUAGAUGAUCCAGUGGAGUUCAAAUUGUGUUGGUGUGCAUCAGACUGCAGGUCAGCGCAAACAAGCCCUGUAGCAAAGAGCCGAAGGAAGGAGAACCUGGAAAUGCUAGAGAAGAUGUUUAGUGCCAAUGCAACCACACUUGGGACGGUUCUCCAGGAGUAUCUACGAGUGCCUAAAUUUCCCAGUUCUUGCUGGCCCCGCAUCUUUUGCCAGCAUGUGAACAUGCCUGAUACAUUCGAAUAUGGCUACCGAUUGGAUCCUGGACCUGACGAAUCCAACUUCACUUCUGGCUUUAAUGUGAGCCUGCACGAGCCGACACUCAUCACAUUCCGAGUGUUUCCCGUCUUGGACUCUGGUGGUACACUGUCCAUAAAUUUGCAUCUCAUCAGUCCCGAGAAGGACGAGCACGGGACAACGAAUGUGAGCCUGCGGAUGGUGUUGGCGUACGGGGCGCGACCUCCACUCAAAGAGGACCAGAAGUCGUGGGAGUGGGGUAACAAGUUUCAAGUGAACACCAGCAGCGAUGGCAACUACAGAACGGAGCUGCAUGUUCCUUUUCCCGAGGUUGGGCUCUGGUACCUGGGGCUUUUGCCACUGUGCUAUCUUGAUGAUAGUGGGAAUUCCAGUGAGCCAAACUGGGUUCCCUGCGAGAUGGAAUCGGUGCAUGUGGAACUCACCAUCAAUUCCACAGCCUGCUUGAACAACAAAUGCGGCCUCUUUGGCCGCUGCUUCCAGUACAUCAGUGGAGGGAUGAUCUUCAGCAGCUGCUACUGCACGUCUGGCUACCGUGGGUGGGGGUGUACAGAUAACCGUGAAGCCCGUCACUAUUCGCACAUGUUGACUGAACUGCUGCUGCUGACAAUCAGCAAUGUGUUCUUCAUGCCUGCUGUGUUGCUGGCCUUCUAUCGGCGCCACUUCCUUGAGGGGCUGGUCUACCUCACCACUAUGUGCGCUUCUGUGCUGUACCACGCAUGUGAUGCGGACCUGUCCCCCAUCUGCAUACUGAGGCCAAAUGUGCUGCAGUAUUGCGACUUCCUGACAGCUGUGGUGUCGCUUUGGGUGACUCUUCUCUGCCUGGCAGAGGUGUCCAUGCCCUUGCGAACACUGGUGUCGACUUUCGGCACUCUGUGCAUUGCCAUCGCUGUUGAGAAUGAUCGCACGGGAUUCCUGGUCAUUGCACUGCCGGCUGGACUGGGCUUGACACUCGUAUUUGGCUCCUGGGUUCGACAGUGUGUUACGCGAAGAAGCUGUUUUCCGCACCCUCGCUUCUGGCUGAUAAGCUUGGCACCUGGUGCAGCACUUGGUGUUGUAGGUGCGGCUCUGUACUUGGGAUUUGAAACACGCCGCAAUUACGCCUAUGUGCACAGUGCGUGGCAUGCGCUGGUUGGCCUUUCGCUCUUCCUGGUCUUGCCCCCAAAGCGGCGGUGUCAGUCAGCUGACAAGAAAGAAUCGGUGAACACUUGCAGUUACGUAAGGGUGGAGGAGCUGAGCGACAUGAUGCCAACGCCGGAGCUGCCAUCAGCUCAUGCACCCUUAGUGAUAGCACGGGACACAUGAUGAAGAGUUGGGAAGGCGCCAUUCGUCCAAGUCAGAGGUGGCUGCCAACUUGACGGCCUUAUGCUUUGAAGUGCAAUUCGUUGGCACUUCCAUAAUGUUAAUAAACAGCUUGGAGUGA